UGAGAAAAGUAUUUGGUUAGACUUUUUUGUGAAAGUAUUAAAAUUGUUUACACCUCUCUUUUCCUAAAUAAUCAUUUUGAUUAAACUCAGUAAUAUAUUGCUGCAGAAAGAAUCUAUAAAUGCAGAGAGCUGUGUGGAAGAGGAGACAGAAAGGUCGUAAAAGCCAGAGGAAAUGGAAGACACCAAGGAAACAGAGCCAGUAGAACUGACAUGCAUAGGAACUGGCAGAGACUGUGUCAGCAGGCAAUAGGCCAACACAGGUUCAAGCCACACAUUGAUGAGGAGCCACAAAGGACCUGUCUGCGCAGAACAACAGUAGCUCCUGGGAAUCGGAGUGCUACCUUAGCAAUAGCGCCAACUUAACAGGACAUGCAGAGAAGGUGGGAAUUGAAAAUUUUGAGCUGCUGAAGGUCCUAGGAACUGGAGAUUCAGCUGAGAGAUGACCUCUGGGUCUGCCUGUGGGGAAUUGUCUUGACUGCACUGAUUGGAAGACCUGCACAGGCGUAUGGGAAAGUAUUUCUAGUUCGUAAAAUAAGCGGCCAUGAUGCUGGGAAGCUGUAUGCCAUGAAAGUCUUGAAAAAGGCAACAAUAGUUCAAAAGGCUAAAACUACAGAGCAUACAAGGACAGAACGACAAGUUCUGGAGCACAUUAGACAGUCGCCAUUUUUGGUGACAUUGCAUUAUGCUUUCCAGACAGAGACCAAACUUCAUCUCAUCUUAGAUUAUAUAAAUGGUGGAGAACUUUUUACUCAUCUUUCUCAAAGAGAGCGUUUCACAGAGCACGAAGUGCAGAUCUAUGUUGGAGAGAUCGUGCUUGCCCUGGAACACCUGCACAAGUUGGGGAUAAUAUACCGUGACAUUAAGCUUGAAAAUAUUCUGCUUGAUUCUAAUGGACAUGUGGUGCUGACAGAUUUUGGUCUGAGUAAGGAGUUUGUGGCUGAUGAAACUGAAAGAGCAUAUUCUUUUUGUGGAACUAUUGAAUACAUGGCACCAGAUAUUGUCAGAGGGGGUGAUUCAGGACAUGACAAGGCAGUUGACUGGUGGAGUUUAGGUGUUCUAAUGUAUGAGCUACUAACAGGAGCAUCUCCUUUCACUGUUGAUGGAGAAAAAAAUUCCCAGGCUGAGAUAUCUAGGAGGAUCUUAAAAAGUGAGCCUCCAUAUCCCCAGGAAAUGAGCACUCUAGCUAAAGACCUGCUUCAGCGCCUUCUGAUGAAGGAUCCCAAGAAGCGUUUGGGAUGUGGCCCCCGGGAUGCAGAGGAAAUCAAAGAGCAUCUCUUCUUUCAGAAAAUAAAUUGGGAUGACUUAGCUGCCAAAAAAGUGCCUGCACCAUUUAAACCAGUAAUCCGGGAUGAGUUAGAUGUGAGUAACUUUGCUGAAGAGUUCACAGAAAUGGACCCUACCUAUUCUCCUGCAGCCCUGCCCCAGAGCUCUGAGAGGCUGUUUCAGGGUUAUUCCUUUGUUGCUCCUUCUAUCCUUUUCAAGCGUAAUGCAGCUGUCAUAGAUCCUCUUCAAUUCCACAUGGGAGUUGAACGUCCUGGAGUAACAAAUGUUGCCAGGAGUGCAAUGAUGAAGGACUCACCUUUCUACCAACACUAUGACCUAGAUCUGAAGGACAAACCAUUGGGAGAAGGAAGUUUUUCGAUUUGUCGAAAGUGCGUACACAAAAAAAGUAACCAAGCAUUUGCCGUCAAAAUAAUCAGCAAAAGGAUGGAAGCCAAUACUCAGAAAGAAAUAACAGCUUUGAAACUCUGUGAAGGACACCCCAAUAUUGUGAAGCUACAUGAAGUGUUUCAUGAUCAGCUCCAUACAUUUCUCGUGAUGGAGCUUCUAAAUGGGGGAGAGCUGUUUGAGCGCAUCAAGAAGAAGAAGCACUUCAGUGAGACUGAAGCCAGCUACAUCAUGAGGAAGCUCGUUUCAGCCGUGAGCCACAUGCACGAUGUUGGAGUAGUGCACAGAGACCUGAAGCCUGAGAAUCUAUUGUUCACUGAUGAAAACGACAACUUGGAAAUUAAAGUAAUUGACUUUGGGUUUGCACGCCUCAAGCCACCUGACAACCAGCCGCUCAAGACCCCAUGCUUCACCCUUCACUAUGCCGCACCAGAGCUCUUGACUCACAAUGGCUAUGAUGAGUCCUGCGACCUGUGGAGUUUGGGUGUCAUCUUGGUGAGUUUGUCCUAACAGUCUCUAUGCUUG